GCUCAGUCUAGCUCGCACCUUCUCUCCGGCUGUUGCCCGACAGAGCGGGGAGCGCAGCCGUGGGCCCGAACUGGGGGCGAGCCUAGAGACCCCGGCCUUGGGCGCCUUCACGCCGUCUCGGAGCGGAUAAUACUGUGAGCGGGCGCCGAGCCGGCCGACCCGGUUGGAUCUGCGCGUGGCGGGCAGGGACUGCGUGCGCCCUCGGGAGGUGUCGGUGCCGGGCGCCCGGUCCCUGGGUCAGCGGCUGGGAUCCUUGGCGCCGCUGGUUUCUCCCUGCUGUGGAAGAGGUUGAGGAUGUGAGUGGCUCUCCAGAAAGGCCUGCUUGCGUCCAGGAAGGCCUCUUAGCUUCCUUGUUUCAGAGCCACUUCUGGAGCUAUUUGAGAAAAAUGAUGUGACAGUACCUAUCCAAAAGGAUAUUGGGAAACUUGUAACAUCCGUGAAGAAAGUGGCCCUCUUUCCCUUUUGCAAAAUCGACAUUCUCAAACUCCAAAAUGCCAGCCAAAACCCCGAUUUACCUGAAAGCUGCCAAUAACAAGAAAGGAAAGAAAUUUAAACUGAGGGACAUCUUGUCUCCCGAUAUGAUCAGUCCGCCCCUCGGAGACUUCCGCCACACCAUUCACAUCGGCAAGGAGGGCCAGCACGACGUCUUCGGAGACAUUUCCUUUCUCCAAGGCAACUAUGAGCUUCUACCCGGAAACCAGGAGAAAGCACACAUGGGCCAGUUCCCUGGGCAUAAUGAGUUCUUCCGGGCCAACAGCACCUCCGACUCCAUGUUCACAGAAACGCCCUCGCCGGUGCUCAAAAACGCCAUCUCUCUUCCGACCAUCGGAGGGUCCCAAGCCCUCAUGUUGCCCUUGCUGUCCCCGGUGACAUUCAGUUCCAAGCAGGAGUCCUUUGGGCCGGGAAAGCUGCCCCGGCUUAGCUGUGAGCCGGUCAUGGAGGAGAAGGUUCCAGAGAAAAGCAGUGUGUUGGAGAACGGGACGGUCCACCAGGGGGACGUCUCAUGGGGGUCGAGCGGGUCUGCAUCGCAGUCCAGCCAGGGGAGGGACAGCCACUCCUCCAGCCUCUCCGAACAGUACCCCGACUGGGCAGCGGAGGACAUGUUUGACCAUCCCGCCCCUUGCGAGCUCGUCAAGGAAAAGACUAAAUCAGAGGAGUCUCUCUCUGACCUCACGGGUUCCCUCCUGUCCCUGCAGCUUGAUCUCGGGCCCUCCUUUCUGGAUGAGGUGCUGAAUGUCAUGGAUAAAAAUAAGUAACAGGACACCGCCGGGCCCUUCCUUUGGUGUAAAAGAUACCAAAAGACAGAAUGGAAGAAAACGAACCACAAAGAGGAGAGCCUCACUGGCUAUACUUGCUAACAUGUGAUGGGUUUUCUAAAAUAACCUUCCUACAAAAUAUUUUUUUACCUGGUAUACCCUGUUUGCAAAAACAAUAUAAAGGAGAAAAAAAAACAAACUUGUCCUGGCAAAAGAGAGGAAGUGAGUCAGAACCCAUUUUCAGUGGGCCAUGCUGAUGUAUAGCUCACAUUUUUUGUUUCCUGACACGUGAGAAAUCUGGCUUGGCCAGGACUGGCAUUACUUAGCUAUGAAGGGCUGUGCCAGUCACAUUAAGGACCUUUACAGGACUCUGGCAUUUUCUGAGCAAGAGGAAGUCAAAUUUAUUUAACACCCAUGCCCUUUUUUUCUAGACUCUUUUCUAUAUUACAUGGUUUGGGCUCACCAUAGCAAAUUCUUCAGUGUUAAAACUUUUCUCCUUUCCACAUUUGAACAACAUUAUGGGUUUUGGGGAUUUGCUUGUAGCUCUUAUAUAUCCCUAUAUGUUAUAUCUAUAUUGCGAAAUUUUGACUGUCAGCUACAUGUUGGUAAGACACAAGCGAAGUAUUACUGUAACUAAGUUAUUUUUAAAGUUAAAAUAUAUUUUUAUGUGCCUUUGGCUUUUUAUUGCAAAGUCUACAUUUUAUAGAUACUACAUCAAAUGUGGUCAUUUGACUUUUUCCAUUGGGUUCCAUUGUAAGCUGUGUAUGUGUAUGUUUGGAAAAGUGUACUCAUACUUAGCUUUAUUAUUAUUUUUUCUUCAUCUAUUAUACUUUUCACAGCAGCCAACAGUGGAUUGUAAAGUGUAAAGGCACAGGUUACUCACAAUGCUUCUGCAGAGACUGUGGGCUAUACCACCUAAUGUUCUUUGGAAAUAUGGGUAUUUUAGUGCAGUACAUACUUGCAUUACAUAGGUACUUCAUACAACACAAUAAAGAGUAAAUGUUAAAAUCA